CUAUCUAAUGUCUAAUCAGAUCAAGCUCCUGUUGCACUCCUUUUUCUAUUGACUGCACAAUAAUAAAAUAUAUAGUCUGAUCAUUAUAAAUCCUCCUUUAAUUCGUACUUUCUUCUUCCAUGUUGAGUCUUGAACAUCUGCUAAAUGCUUCAGUGUACACUGCCAAUAGGAAAACGCACAGAGACCAUGCUGCAGACGAAUGUCACUGUCUUUGUCUCUGCACAGUGUCCGUGCCUGCUGCACGCCUUUGACGUUUAAAUGGAACUGGCCCUUUAAUCGUGUGGCCGUACUGCUCAUGCUCGGGGCUUUGUGCAGGAGUUUCCCUGCCAGAGACCAGCUGUGGACCGGAGAGCGAUAGCGGACGGAGCAGAGAGAAGCGGCGCUCCGGGAGAGCUGAGUCUGUCGCAUCUUCUGAUAACAAACCCGGGCAGAGGGCACGUCUUUGUCUUGGAGCACAUCCAGCAGGAGAGCAGCUCACGCCGAUCACCUGAGCUCUGUGGGGCUGUUUCAUCUCCGGGAUUACAGUGUUUGACGUUGAGGCAGUAUCAUCCGGCCACGGUCGUGUGUUUACAUCGGAACCUUGACCACGGUGGAAGUUAUCUGGAGGACUUGUGCGGACGCGCAGCAGAGCGUGGUUUUCUCUGUUUGUGUAGCUCGGAACGGAUGGGUCGGAUUGGAGUUGCGUUUACAGUCUUUUUAAAGAUUUAAGUGUUUCCAUCAAAGUUUCACGCCUUUGUCCUGUCCCGCUGCUUUUUCCACACCACUCGGCAUGUUCUGACAGUGCGUAAUUGCUGUUUUCCUGCGCCCUUUCCACAGGCGUCACAGGUAGGCUACCUGAGCCUACCGACACCGCUGCUGAUGUCAACGGAUCACCUCGCAGCGUAACGUGACAGUUCGUUUUCUGGUUCGGGGUUGAAGCCUCUCAAAAACACACUCCGCGUCCAUCAUGGAUGAUGUGGGGGGGUUCCAUCUAUGCACCUGGAUGAAGUCGUCCAAAAGGAGCGCCCGGGACGUUUUGAAAACAUACCUGGGAGUAUUUGUGAUGCUUCAUCUCGUGCUCCACGCUGAAGCCUCCUCUGUAUCCAAGUCCUGCGAUAAAAACUGUUUUUCAGGGAAGUGCAUCAACGGGACCUGCGUGUGUGACCACGGAUGGGUCGGAGAUCAGUGCCAGCACUGCCAGGGAAGAUUUAAGUUAACAGACCUGUCGGGCUCUCUCACAGAUGGACCAGUAAACUAUAAGUACAAGACCAAAUGCACUUGGCUAAUUGAAGGAUAUCCUAAUGCAGUACUCAGGCUGCGCUUCAAUCACUUUGCCACAGAGUGCAGCUGGGACCACAUGUACGUCUAUGAUGGAGACUCCAUUUACGCCCCUUUGAUUGCUGUGUUCAGUGGUCUAGUAGUACCAGAGAGCAGGGGUAACGAGACCGUCCCGGAGGUCGUAACGACAUCCGGCUAUGCUCUGCUUCACUUCUUCAGCGAUGCUGCCUACAACCUGACCGGCUUCAACAUCGCCUACUCGAUAAACUCUUGUCCCAACAACUGUUCGGGCCACGGCAGAUGCAGCACUGCCAACUCUGUCUCAGGUCGUGUGUACUGCGAGUGUGAGGAGUACUGGAAAGGAGAAGCCUGCAACAUCCCGUACUGCAGGGAUAACUGUGGCAGCCCGGAUCACGGCUACUGUGACCUGACUGGAGAAAAGCUGUGUGUCUGCAACGACAGCUGGCAAGGUCCUGACUGUUCUCUGUCCGUUCCCUCGACUGAGGCCUUCUGGGUGCUGCCAAGUGUCAAACCGUCAGCUCAGUCUCUCGGUCGGGCGUCCCAUCAGGCUCUGGUGCACUCUGGGCUGAUGUGGGUGGUGGGAGGCUACUCUUUCAACUACACCAACUACCACAUGGUCCUCAACUACAACCUAGAGACCAGUACGUGGGAUGUGGUGCCUGUCAGCAGUGGCCCCCUCUACAGAUACGGUCACUCUUUGGCUCUGUACCAGGAUGACAUCUACAUGUUUGGUGGGAAGCUGGAGGCAAAAUCGGCCAAUGUGACGGACGAGAUGUGGGUGUUCAACAUCCCCAGAAGGACCUGGUCACCACGGAAACCAGCCCCACUUCCUCCUUACACCCUGGAGGGGCACACAGCCCACGUGGUGGAGCUGGCUGACGGCGAGCCAGUGAUGCUGAUCUUCUUCGGCUACUCACCAAUCUACAGCUACAUCAACAAAGUUCAGGAGUACAACAUCAGGUCUAACUCGUGGCAGGUUGUGUCUGCUGGAGGUGCGGUGGUCCAGGGAGGUUACGGCCACAGCAGCGUGUACGAUGAGGCCAGUGGCUGCGUGUUUGUCCACGGGGGAUACAAGGCACUUAGCAACAACAAAUACGGCCUGGUGGACCACAUGUACCGAUACCACGUCCAAACGCAAACAUGGUUGAUCCUCAGGGAGAGUGGUCUGGCACGGUACCUCCACUCUGCGGUGCUGCUGAGCGGCACUGUGCUGGUUUUUGGGGGAAACACUCACAAUGACACGUCGCUAAGCAACGGAGCAAAGUGCUUUUCUGCUGACUUCAUGGCGUACGAUAUAGCUUGUGAUGAAUGGACUGUCCUCCCUAGACCAGGUCUGCACCGGGACGUCAACCGCUUUGGACACUCUGCUGUGGUUAGCAACGGCUCCAUGUAUAUCUUUGGAGGUUUUUCGGGCCUCCUUCUGAACGACGUGCUGGCCUACACCCCUCCGUCCUGCCCGGCCUUUUCUAACCCAGCUUCUUGUAAUGCUGCUGGGCCGGGCCUUCGCUGCCAUUGGGUCAAAAGUAGAUGUGUCCCCUCGGAACCAAGAUCACCUGAGCACAUUUUUCCAGCUCCUUUUUGCCCUCCACGACCCGACAGUACAGACGAGCAGUGUUUCCGGUUUUCAGACUGUGCGAGCUGCACUGCCAACACACGGGGCUGUCAGUGGUGUGAGGACAGGAAAUGUAUCUCUGCAUCUAGUAACUGCACCGUGCUGACUCUGGAGCUGGCCCAGCAGCAUGGCGGCGCUCUGUCUCUGUCUCCCCCACCAUCCAUGUUGUCUGAACAUCAGCUGAGCUUGUGGAAGCACGGAGCCCGAAGGAGGGGACAUUCGGUGACAGACUCGUCCAGGUGUAAACGCAGGGAGGAGCAGGAGUGUUUCAGACUGGCCAACUGCAGGAGCUGCUCCCUCAAUGUCAACUGUCAGUGGGAGCUACAGCAGCAGGAGUGUCAAGCAUUGCCUGGCCAGCUGUGUGGGGAGGGCUGGCACCAUGUCGGAGAGGCCUGCCUGAGGAUCAACUCCAGCAGAGAGAGCUAUGAUAACGCCCAGCACUACUGCAAAAACCUGGGAGGAAAUAUAGCCUCUUUGCUCACGGACAAACAGGUCAAUUUUGUUCUGGAAGAGCUUCAAAAAUACCAACUGCAAGACAAGACAUUAUCUCCCUGGGUUGGCUUGAGGAAGAUCAACGUGUCCUACUGGGGCUGGGAGGACAUAUCACCCUUCACCAACACCAGCUUGCAAUGGUUACCUGGAGAACCCAGCGACUCAGGCUUCUGUGCCUACCUGGAGCGGGCACAGGUGGCUGGUCUUAAAGCCAACCCCUGCACAGCCACCACUGACGGCCUCAUCUGUGAAAAACCUGCCGGGAGUCCACAGAGUCAGAGUGCUCGUCCCUGUAAGACGCCCUGCUCUCUGCACACCAGUUGUGCCAACUGCACCAGCCAGGCCAUGGAGUGCAUGUGGUGCAGCAGUACACAGCGCUGUGUCGACUCCUCGGCGUAUGUCAUCUCCUUCCCCUAUGGACAGUGUCUGGAGUGGCAGACCCAGGACUGUACUGCCCAGAACUGUUCAGGUCUGAGGACAUGUGCAGAGUGUUUGGAGAGGGCAGAGUGCGGUUGGUGUGGUGAUCCCAGUAACACCGGCAGGGGGGUUUGCAUGGAGGGCUCCUACCGAGGCCCCCUGAAGCCCGCCACUGCCAGGACUGGGCCCCGGGACCGAGACAGACUACGUGACAGGGACAUGGUGCUGGAUCAGAGUCUCUGUUCAUCUGAUAGAGGCUACAACUGGGCCUUCAUCCAGUGUCCCGCGUGUCAGUGUAAUGGCCACAGCAGGUGUGUGAACGGCAGCGUGUGCGAGCACUGUGGGAACCUGACAGCAGGGACGCAUUGCCAGAGCUGCAUGCCCGGUUACUAUGGCGACUCCAUCAACGGAGGGAAGUGCAAUGCAUGCAAGUGUAACAGCCAUGCCAACGUGUGCCAUGUCAACACAGGGAAGUGCUUCUGUACAACUAAGGGCAUCAAAGGAGACCAGUGUCAACUAUGUGACUCCGAGAACCGUUACCUUGGUAACCCUCUCCGAGGAACAUGUUAUUACAACCUGUUGAUCGAUUACCAGUUUACCUUCAGCUUGCUUCAGGAAGAUGACCGCUACUACACCGCCAUCAACUUCAUGGCUACACCUGACCAGGCCAACAAGAACCUCGACAUGUCCAUCAAUGCCUCGAACAACUUCAACCUCAACAUCACGUGGUCCUUAAGCUCAACAGCUGGCACCAUCUCAGGUGAAGAGAUGCCCAUCAUAGCGAGGACCAACAUCAAGGAACACCGUGACAGUUUCUCGUGCGAAAAGUUCAACUUCAGACUUCACCACAACAUCACCUUCUACGUCUAUGUGUCCAACUUCAGCUGGCCAAUCAAGAUCCAGAUUGCUUUCUCUCAACACAACAGCAUCAUGGACCUGGUGCAGUUCUUUGUCACCUUCUUCAGCUGUUUCCUGUCUCUGUUACUGGUCGCUGCUGUGGUUUGGAAAGUCAAGCAGACCUGCUGGGCCUCACGACGCAGAGAGCUGAUGAGAGAGCGACAGCAGAUGGCCAGUCGUCCCUUUGCUUCGGUUGCUGUAGCGCUGGAGGUGGGCGGUGACCAAGAGGAGCUGCUACAGGCAGUGCCGAAACCCAUAGCCAUGGAGCCAUGUUGGGGGAGCAGAGCAGGUGUUCUGACGGUGCUGCUGUAUCUGCCCAGAGUCCCGUCUGGAAUACCUCCACCAGGACAGUCUGGUAUUGCUAUAGCCAGUGCGCUGGUAGACACAUCACAACAGCGAGUGAUGGACUUCAAAGACAGAGGCCUGGGUCUUAAGCACCGCAAACACACUGUCCACCACCAAGGGACCUGUGUAUGAACUGGACGCCCUCAACAAGGAGACAACAUAUCCACUGUGCCCCCCCCCAGGGGAACUUCACUGGAGAUAUGCUUAUUGACUUUAUAGAGAGGGACACAUUGUAAACAAAGGCUGCAAAAAUUGGUUCUGGAUGGCCUUUGAUAGCGGCUUGGAAGGAGAGGAAAUGUGACCAUUAUCCGUCCACUGUCAGCAGGCACCCAAACUGGGAAUAAAUGUUACUUGUGGUCCCUUUCUUCCCUCAGAAAAUCAAAUGGAAAACUUCUUCAUCGACAUGCUCUUUUUGUCCCUCGUGUGUAUAUGUUGGUCCCGAUGAGCCAGGAAAACACAAAUUGGAAAUGUGCAGACAACGAGAAUGUGUUUCUACACCAGAGCUUUGGUCAGAAUUUUACAGACUUUCCCACUUCCAUGCCACGAGCCUCUGCAUCUCCAGGGCUCUACUUGUCUGUCUGUCAUGCAGUCUGCCAUACUGACAGAGAAAAACGUUUGUUUUACACCAAUAAACCAAACUAAAUGGCUCUGAGCUCCUGUGAAAGAUAUUGAGCUGAAAUUAACUGAGCUGAAAUGAAGUCCUCUGGACUUACAAACCCACUCGGCCUCAGGAGCAACGCUGAAAACAACAACAUGGACCUAACUAGAUCAAUGAAAAACACUGUAGUGGGUGGUGUUCUGUGACAAGGAUUUGCUUGAGGGGAAAGUCUCCUGGGAAUUUUAAAGACUACUAUUGUUGAAAUGUUGAAGAACUGCAUCUUGCUACGAACGUCAUUGGGCGCAACUGUUGUAAUGUGUUCUUUAUGAAAUACAUGCAAUUCUUUUUUUUUUUUCCUGAACCAACAUUUGAAGUUUGACAUUUUGAUAUCUGCUCAGGUCCUCUGUGACGGAAAAGGCUCCAUUAUCUGUAGCUUUGGGCCUUAAAGACGUCUGUAUAUGCACUAUAAGUGAAAUGCUUUACCAGUACAUUAGGACCCGAUAAUAUUAUGCAACUGAUCAUCCAAAUGUAAUGUUUAUUCUGGGCUGCGAUGUAACCUCAUGGUCGGUAUCAUCAAACACAUACUACUGAUGGUAUUCAUAUGUCUAUUCAUUCAUUUAUUACUGUGAAGAUACACUAUACAUCUUUUCUCAUGAUCUCCAGUAAAUGCUAUGUUAAUUUGUGAUACAAACUUUUAUGUAACAUAUCUCCUUAUAUAAUAUUUAUUAAUUAUGCAAAAAAUACAGUUAAACAAUAAUUUAGCAAGUUUUACAAAUGCACUAAGGAUUUCUUUUAAACAGAAAAAGUAAAUAAUUGAUUUUACAGUCUGUGCAGUAUUCCCUUUUUUGCUUGUCCCUCACCAUCUUUUUAUUUUCAAAUAUUAUAUUUUAUGAAUAUCAUAGCAGGUUUCGUGUGAUGUCAAAAAGUUUUCCCCCUCACUAGUUGUGUUAAACCUUCAUUAGAUAUUGUAGAGUCACUUUUGAUCAACUGCACAUACACAGUAGCUGUAUGUCUAUGCACAUGUAUUGUCUAUAUAUUGAGCCUGAUUGUUUUCAUUCAGGCGUUUUGUUUUCAUGUAAUUUUGCACCAAUUUGUUGUUGAGACUUCUAUUAACAAAGGGCAGCUCACCACACUGUUUUUGUCCAUAUGAGCAUAAAUCUGUACAUUUACAAUUAAAACAUUUUGAUGCCUCUUCGUAUGGUAAUUGGA